GUGGCUGUGAAGGCUGCACGCCAGGAUCCUGAUGAAGACAUCAGUGUUACUCUGGAGAAUGUGCGUCAAGAGGCAAAGCUCUUCUGGUUACUUAAACAUGAUAAUAUUGUGUCUCUGGAGGGUGUGUGCCUCGAGAUGCCCAAUCUGUGCCUGGUGAUGGAGUAUGCACGUGGGGGAUCCCUCAAUCGUGUUCUGGCAGGACGCAAGAUCCGACCUGACGUACUGGUCGAUUGGGCUAUUCAGAUUGCUAGGGGCAUGAAUUAUCUGCACAAUGGAGCACCAAUUUCACUCAUCCAUCGAGACCUUAAGUCAUCCAAUGUGCUACUCAGUGAGCCAAUUGAAAAUGAUGACCUGCAAUUCAAGACGCUCAAGAUUACAGACUUCGGGCUCGCGCGAGAGGUGUAUAAGACUACACGAAUGUCGGCUGCAGGGACGUAUGCUUGGAUGGCACCAGAAGUCAUUAAAACAUCCACAUUUUCUAAAGCCAGCGAUGUUUGGAGUUACGGUGUGCUGCUCUGGGAACUGCUGACUGGCGAGACGCCAUACAAGGGAAUUGAUGCGCUGGCUGUAGCGUAUGGUGUGGCAGUGAACAAGCUGACACUCCCCAUUCCUAGCACUUGCCCAGAACCAUGGCGAGACCUUAUGGAAGCGUGCUGGUAUUCAGACCCCCACCAUCGACCAUCGUUUGAAGAUAUCCUUCAGGCUCUCGAUGCCAUAGUUCAUUCAGCAUUCACACAGACACCACACGAGAGCUUUCAUACGAUGCAGGAGGACUGGAAACUUGAAAUUGAGGAGGUGCUGCUUGGUCUGCGGAUGAAGGAGAAGGCUUGCAGGUCGCUCGAGGAGGAGCUGCGAUGUCGGGAGGAAGAACUGACAAAGGCGCAGUUGCAGCAGAAGAUGGUGGAGGAGAACUUGCGUCAGCGAGAACAGGAGCUGGCAGCGCGCGAGAUUGACUUGCUGGAGCGAGAGCUCCACAUCAUGAUCAUACAGCAACAAACACCUACACCCAAGAAACGCAAAGGAAAGUUCAAACGUGGCCGCCUCAAAAUUCUAAAGAAAGAGCCUGGGCAAAAUAUUAGUCUACCAUCAGAUUUCCGACACACUUUCACCGUACAGCACACUGCGCCAGAUCGAAAACCUCGCAACCCAUCAAGCCCGAACAGCCCCCCUGGGUCACCCAGCAUCCCACGUCUUCGUGCCAUUGCACUCCCUGCUGAUGGGGUGAAGGGUAAGACGUGGGGGCCAAGCACUCUGCAUCAGCGAGAGCGUGGGCAGAUCAUUACGCGGGUGGUAGACGGAGUUCCGGGCGGGCCCAAGCGGUGGAGCCGCAGUGCCCCCAACCUCGAGAAGCACGCGGCUGCUGCCAGGGCAGGGGGCACCCCCAACAUCGCCGCCCUCCAGGAAAUAGACUAUGCAGCAACGAUGAGUGCUGACCCAAAUGGCGCCGUGUCAUGCGAUUGGCCGACAACUGCCGCUGUUGCACCUCCUCUCGCCUUGCCUGUUCCCAUGCCAACUUUAUACAGCAAUGGGUUGGAACCCUGCCGAGGAAGACUUGCAGCCGGAAAGCCUUCCAUCAUUGAGAUUGUUCUUUACAACAUGGCUGCCAUGAUUGCUGGAGUCGCAGCAGGCUAUGACGUCCGCCUGUCCAACGUUUCACCUGUGCAUCCAAGACUGCACCCUGACAGGUCAGAAGAAGAGCAGGAAGACAGACGAUGGUGGUUUGGUGGGGGUUCAAAUCGUAGUUCAGGCGUGGGUCCCACGUAUCUGGGCAUGGACUACGAGUUUUCCAGUGCGUCGGGUUACCCUCACAACACGUACCAUGGGCCUGCCAGGCAUCUGAGGCCCUUGCUUAACAGUCUGGGGCAGGAUCCUGAAGGUGGCAUCAAGCCACUGCGGUUCACCGACUCUCCUCAGCAUUAUGCGACGGCACAGGGAGGCACGCCCACCCCCUCCCCCCGCCGAAAAUCAUCUAGCACCAGCAACGAGGGUAGUGAGGCUACAUAUCCCCCGCCCCCACCUGCCCCAUCUGGAGGGGGUCUUCUGGACCACAGAGGUCCCAGUCUGUAUAUCUCAGCAGCAGACUACCCAGAUGGUGGUGGUGCCAGUGUGGUUCAUUAUGCCAGCAGCAGUCACUAUUCGGCACGCCCAGAACUGUACAGGACUGACUCAUACUUCACAGGUGGUAUGUACAGCACUGUGGGGAACAGUGCUGUACUGCACUAUGCUGAUCGACUGUAUCCUGAAUUUGAAGGCUACCAACUACACCAUCACGCCCACACGGGUGCAUACGAUAAUCCAAGCGUGAGCAGUGUGAGCAGUUCUACGAAUAGCAUCACCCCUCGCACACCUUCACGUCUAUGUGCGAGUGGCAAUGCCACCAAUCAUACUCAAUAUGAACAUCGUAGAACACCGUCAAAUGUAUCUAAUGCUUCAUCAUCAAAUAACAGUAGUUCAAAUGUGAAUCCAAGCUUCAGACUUGAAGAUGAGGGAGAGUAUUCACAGUACAACACACCAACACACCAUUAUUAUACCUCCCAGCAGCGCCGCGGUUUGGACUACGAAUAUACCCCCCAACCACCACCUUUCUUUUCUAGGCAGAACUCUCAUGAUUCAAAUGCAUCAAAUGUGGCUGAUACAAGACCCGGCACACUCGAGGUUGGCGGAGGAACGAGGCUUCGAUCGAGCUUGAAACGGUAUAAUUAUACUCCCGUAGGGGGAUCAAGGACAGGUGGAGGGGGUGGCUCAUCGUCGUCUGGCGGAGCAGGUACGCCCACCAACCCGACUCCCCCUGACAGUCUAACAAGUGAGGACAGUAGUUAUGUCUCAGCUAAGGAGGGUUCGUACUCUUCUGUGUCUCGGGUCCGGUUUUCACCUGUCACGAUGAUGGCUGCGGAGACGAGGGAGACGCUCCUUGAUAUUCCAGUGCAUGGACAAAGCCAAGAUGUUACAGUGCCGUUGCAGGCUGUCACCAGGAGGAUCCGGAGGCUCAGUGGGGAGGUUAACUCAAGUGCUGGACGCAGCAGGAAGCCCUCUAUUACCGAGCUUGAGAGAGAGUUCCUCUCAUAGCAGAUGCUGAACCCCAUGUGGCAAGCAGGUUCGGUGGACUCUUGGAGAACGCGGCAUUGAUUAAGCUUGAAUUCAUCAGCAUGACACGUGCAAUGGGAGGUUGUGGGAAAGACUUAGAUUUGACUCUUUUUUUUUUCCAGAGUAUUAAUCACACGGUUUGUACAUAGGCACAGUGCCCUACAGUAAGAUAAUGUUUGUAAAUAAUUUGUACAUUCGACACACAUGGCUUCCAGGUCACGUCAUUCCAACUUCAUUCCUCUUUUGUAUGCUCCAAAACUAACAUUACGAUGUUUACCUCAUUGAACACUAACUCAAAAUGUUGUGGCUCAGAACCACCAUUGGAUGGGUAGGUAUUUUAUUGUGUAUAAGAUAAAUAAAUAUAUAUGUAUAUAUAAUUAAAAUGAAUAUAGCUUAACUUUUGGGGAUAUGAAGUACUUUGUUGCUCAAAUUUUUAAGUGCUUUGAAACACAUUCACAGAGAGUAAUAAUUUAUUGCAAGAGAGUGACCUUUUGGGGGGUUCUGUAUUACUCUCACAAGUGACAGGAAUGACCAUGGUGACCAUCCCAUGCUAGUCUCGAGACCGAGCGUGUUCAAGCAACGUGCGGCCUUGAUUUUAUUUAUAAUCUUUCUCUGUUUUGCAAUAUUUUUUCCUUACUUGCUGUUAUAUAUAUAUAUAUAUAUAUGGUGUUUAAAAUUACAUUCCAGUUUUUAUAUGUACAUAUAUUGUGAUAGAGACGCCAUUCCUGAAUACGAGACGAUGAGGUUGUGUGAAUGAGUUGUGGAAUUUUUUAUAUUAUUUUAAGAGGUCAUUGUAUGAAGGAGUGUUGUCUGCUCUGCCAGUCUGUAAAUAUAUACACAAAUAAUAUAUUAAAAUACGCGUGUGUAUGGACACACGCGUAUUUGUUUAAAACAGAAAGACUUGUACCGAACUAUGUAAUACUAGGGUACUGGUGACAAUGAUGAAUUAUGUUAUAAUUUUAAUAUAAUUAUAAAUAAAAUAAGCUUUCAAUGGUGCUGAA